AUGGACCCUAGCUUGAAGGAGGAGGUGAUGAAGGCCGUGGAGGAGGCGAAGAGGUCCGCCGCGGCGGCGCCGCGGUGCCGGGUGGUGCGGAUCAUCGUGCACGACGAGGACGCCACCGACUCGUCUUCCAGCGAGGAGGAGGAGGAGGAGGGAGAGGAGCGCGGCGCAGCGCAUCCGGGCUCGGCGUCGGCGUCGGCGUCGGCGGGUAGCGUGAAGCGCAGCCGCGUGCUGCUCCAGUCCGCCUUGUGCGGCGGCGCGGAGGAGGACGAGGAGGAGGAGGGGGAGGGCGGCGCGAGGUUCACGGGCGUGCGGCGGCGCCCGUGGGGCCGGUGGGCCGCGGAGAUUCGCGACCCGCUGCUCCGCCGCCGCGUCUGGCUCGGCACCUUCGACACCGCCGAGGAGGCCGCCGCCGCUUACGUCGCCGCGCGGCUCCGCAUCCGUGGACGGCCCAAGGCGUCCUCCUCCAGCAACCUGCUCCCGUCCGGUGCUCACGGCGGCCUGCUCCCUCCGCCCGCGCACCGCCCAGCCCCGGUGGCUGCUGCGGCCCUGCCCCCUCGUCCCCCGCCGCCACCACCUCAGCGGGAGAAGCAGCUGCCGCCACCAGCGAAGCCACCACCGCAGCGGGAGAAGCAGCUGCCGCCUCUGCUUCCGCCGAAGAAGCAGCUGCAGUACCCGCCACCGCCUCUGCUGCUUCCGCCGAAGAAGCAGCUGUACCCGCCACCGCUUCCCCCCCUCCCGCCGAAGAAGCAGCAGCAGCAUCACCACCACCAUCACCCUCCACCGCCGCCUCUGCCGACACUUCCGCCGAAGAAGCGGCUGGCGCUCCCGCCUCUGCUGCCGGAAAGCAAGAGGCAGUGCAUCGCCUCCUCCCCGGCGCAGCCGCGGUUCGCGCCGCUGCCGGUGUGGGCGCUGAUGUCCGGCUCCGGGAAGCGCAAGAAGCGGUCGGGCUGCGGCGGGCGCGUCCCCGCCCUCCACACCCCCGCCCCUGCCGCCGAGGAGACCGGGCGCGCCUGA